AUGGCCAAUCACACAAUCAUCAAGGAUUUCCUUCUCAUGAGCUUCUCUGAUAUCUGGGAGCUGCAGAUCUUACAUGCUGUGUUUUUCUUUCUGAUUUAUAUGACAGCCCUAAUGGGGAAUCUUCUCAUUAUACUUGUCACUACCAUGGACCACCACCUUCACACUCCCAUGUACUUCUUUCUGAGACAUUUGUCUUUCCUAGACCUCUGCUACAUCUCUGUGACAGUGCCCAAGUCCAUCCUUAUCUCUCUGACUCACAGCAACUCCAUCUCUAUUCCUGAAUGUGCUACCCAGAUUUAUUGUAUUGUAUUGUUUGCGUGUGUUGAGCUGGCUCUGCUGACAGUGAUGUCCUAUGAUCGAUAUGCAGCCAUUUGCUGCCCUCUGCACUAUGAGAUUCUCAUGAACAGAAGAGCUUGUAUGCAAAUGGCAGCUGCUUCUUGGGUCAGUGGGAGUCUCUCAGGCAUCAUGCACACAAUUGGCACUUUCUCUGCACCCUUCUGUAAAGCCACUGGGCUUGGCCAGUUCUUCUGUGAGAUCCCUCAUUUGCUAAAACUCUCCUGUUCACAGCCAAAUUUUGCAGAAAUUGGAACCACACUUAUAACUUCAAUUUUGGGACUGGGCUGUUUUUUCUAUAUUGUUGUCUCUUACGUUUACAUCUUCUCCACUGUUUUAAGGAUGCCAUCCACAGGAGGCAGAUCCAAAGCAUUCUUCACCUGCUUGCCCCACCUCAUUGUGACCACUGUAUUUUUUGCAACUGCUUUUGUUGCUUACAUAAAACCUGCCUCUGACACCCCUUCUGUGCUUGACCUGUUGGUGUCUGUGUUCUAUGUUGUAGUCCCCCCGACCCUAAACCCUGUCAUCUAUAGUUUGAGGAACAAGGACAUGAAAGCAGCUCUGGCAAAGCUGAUGAGUCAGGAUCUUCUUUGUUUAUAG